AUGGAUACAGAGAACGAACAGUAUCAUUCAAUAGUUGAACCAUAUCUUUCCGUGCCGAUCGAUUCGGAUGAGUAUACACAAAAACUUCAUGCAAACUUAACUGAACUCAAAGAUGAACUACAUACAGAUGAAACGCAGAUGAUACUCGUCGCUCACCGGUUCGAACAAACAGGUCAAAUACCAUGGCAGGUCAUGUCGAAACGACAACGGUUCUUUUAUUUACUGAACAUUUUCCUAAGACUUCUGUCUUUCAUAAUUUCAUUGUACACAUUUAUUGUAACAUUGGACUUAAUGACAUCAGCUUUCAUACUGUUGAGUCGUUCGGCACUCGCACAGAUCUUUCAAAGUCGAAUCUUUUUGAAAAGUCCAAUUGUUAGUUUAAUGCUUGGAAUACUGAUAACCACCAUUUUACAGAGCUCCUCGACAGUAACAUCGAGUAUUGUUGCCAUGGUUGGAAGUGGAAUCAUUGAAGAUAUCCGAUCAGUCAUACCAAUGAUUAUGGGAGCAAACAUAGGAACAUCCAUUACAAAUACACUGGUUGCAUUUAGUCAAAUAGGAAAUCGAAAUGAAUUUUCUCGUAGUUUUUCAUCUGGUGUUCUCAUGGAUGUGUUUAAUUAUUUGACUACACUCGUACUGCUAUCAUUGGAAAUCUUUGUUGAUCGAAUCACCGUCGAUUCCGAUAUUUUUCAUCGUGGUGGUUAUCUGGCACGUAUCAGUGGUGCUAUUGCGACAACUAUUCCUGAAAAACGAGGAGCAGAUAUUCAAUUAUUGAAGACUCUGACAAAACCGUUAACGAGAUUGAUCAUUCAAAUCGAUGAAGAAGUCAUGAUCAGCAACGAGGCAAACCAAACGCUCGGAAAGAUCUACUGUAAUCAUCCUGCGAUCAAAUGUGAAUACCUAUUUCGAGCAAUGAUAGAAAAAUUCGGUGACAAUGUCGUAGGGAUUAUUCUACUCAUCUGCUCAUUGAUUCUUCUCACAGGAAUACUUUUACUCAUGGUUAAAUUAUUAAAAUCAUUGAUUAUUGGUGUUAUUGAUGAUACGCUAAAGAAGAUUCUAUAUAUUAAAUCUCAUGGAUGUAAAGAAUAUUUCCUUGGAUACGUAUUUAUACUGGUAGGAAUCGUCGGAGCAAUACUCGUGCAAAGCAGCAUUGGCCUUGAAGUUCUGGCUCUUGAACGCAAUUAUGAGUUGACUAUCGGUGCAAAUAUCGGUACAACAGUUACCGCGUUACUUGCUUCUCUUACUCAAACAGGUUUGUUCUUUCGUCAAUCAAUUCAAAUCGCACUGACUCACUUUUUAUUCAAUCUAUCUGGUUGUAUUCUCUGGUAUAUUUUUCCAUAUCUCCGUCGUCUUCCAGUAUAUUUCAGUCGACAAAUCGGAGAAAUCGUCUCGAAAUACCGUUGGUUUGCUUUUGUCUAUUUAACCAUGAUCUUUUUCAUUUUCCCAUUAGUAAUCUUAUGUCUUGCAUUAAUUCAUUGGAUUGUAGCAAUUGUCUUUCUAUUUUGUUGCGUUCUUAUCCUUAUUUCUGUCUCAAUCAUUGGAUAUCUUCAGAAAAACAAACCAAAUCGAUUACCUAUGUGUCUUCGAUCGUGGUCAUUUCUUCCACAUUGGUGUCGUUCAUUAUCAUAUUGGGAUGAUCGACUAGAACAUUUGACGAAACGAAUCUGCUGUCAACGAUGUGUUCAACUCAUUUAUCCAUCGAUUCAAACAGAAAAACCUCUCAGAGACCAAUAUUUAACAAUGAAAGAUCAGUAUGUGACUGCAUUAGAUCAUCGAUAUUUAGUCCAUACACAUCAAUUGCAUGACUUUUUUGAGAAACACUAUGCAUCUGUUGUGCCAACACAUGAUUCGAAAUAUCCUUUGACGACUUAUAUGCAAAGUUUUUAUCAUAGCCUGACUGGCAAGCCAACACAAGAUCAACGAGCAUUGUUUGCUUUGAUGCAUGACGAAGACGAACAAGUGGAUAGAGUCAUUGUAUUCGAUCGAGAUAAAAGAAAAGAUAUAUCGAUUGUAAAUGAACAAAAAAGUUCUCUAUCUUUCUAA